AUGGAUCCCCAUUGUUCUCCCACAGUGAGCUCAAGCUACACAGGAGGCGAGCCGAAGCGGUCGCGGACGGCCUACACGCGCCAACAGGUCCUGGAGCUCGAGAAGGAGUUCCACUACAACCGGUACCUGACGCGCAGGCGCAGGGUGGAGAUAGCUCACACACUGUGCCUGUCAGAGCGGCAGAUCAAGAUUUGGUUCCAGAACCGGAGGAUGAAGUGGAAGAAGGACCACAAGUUGCCUAACACCAAGGUCCGCUCCGGAACAAACAACAACAACAGCAACAACAACACAAACUCCCAGACCUUAACGGGUCCCCAGCACCGCUCCACCGGACCCCUAUAGCCCAGUAUUUGUAUGAUGCGUGCCCUCCCUUUUCCUGAUUAAUUCCUAAACUGAACACCACGCUUGUAACAACCGCAACCUGCACUUUGGACCAGAAUAACGCUGUUGCUCUGGGAGAGAGGGGUGUCUUUGCCGCAUGUAUGGCCCCGAUCUGUGCUGAUGCUAUAUGACGUUAUGACGUGGCAGGGGGUAGUGGGGGAGCUUUCCCAUUCAGAAAAAAAUGAACAAAAGGAGGCGAAGGACACUGAAAGAACUGACAAAAAUAAUGCGGUCGCUUCUUUGCUUGUGUCCUCUUAUUCCCUCACGCACUCUCUCUCUCACACUCUCUGUGCUUUUUAUAUUUCUGUCUUUUUAUACUCCUCUAUCUCUUCCUCUCUAAGACAGAGAUGCUAGCCUGGAGAUGAGAAGCUUCUUUCCCUUUUCCCCCCUUAUUCUGUCCCAGACAUUUUUGGUGAAGAUGGAUCCUCGUUUUCAUCUUUAAUCAUGCCAAGCUCGGGCCCCAUUUGUCAUGUUUACUCUGCGGCUACAAAGCAGAGGGGUGAAACGCGGCUCUGCCCCUUACCCCUCGCCCCUACCCCCACCCC